GUUCUUCGUGCGAUUCUCACAGUAUUCCUUCACAGUAUAGCUACUGCUACAUUCAAGCCAAAUCCGUAUCUUUUAAUUUGCGAUACAAAGGUAUGAAUUUUCUAAAUUUUUUGAUCAUCCUCGCCACCAGUACGAUUAACUGCGGUAAGUUGCAACGGACUCCUUUUACUGUUUUGAAUAUCCAUCCAACAUUCAUUUUUUUUCUGCCAGUAAGCGGCGAACCCGAUGCAAUAUACUAUUUCGAAGUGGACGAGGAUCGCUUUUUCGCAUUCCAAGAAGUGAAAUACAAUGACAUAGAGAAACAUUACGUGGUACGAACUCCUUUUAAACAUAGCCGCAUACGCGCAGCUUGUCCACGUGAUGGUGAAUCAGAUCCUUCCACGCUUGAAAUACUAAAUACAGUGUCGGGUAAAACGGCCAUAAUUGCUACUUGCAAAACAUCCCCUAAACCUCAAAUUUACCGUUCCAGAGAACCAAAAGUUCACAACGCCAUAGGAUUUUUGGUUCAUACACCUGGUGAACAAUGGCGUCAUGAAGAUUAUUAUUUGGAGCCUUGGCAUCACAUGGUUAUCGGAAUAAUUUAUUUCCAAUUAAGCACGAUUUUCAAACAAAUUUCAUUUUUGAGGUACAACAUCGUUGGGGGUAAGUCUUUGAAACUAGAGCCGAGCAACGAUACUGAGGAAUAUGCCAAAAACGUCGAUAUUUUUGGUUAUGAUAUGGAUCUUUUAUAUUCUCAACUUGGAAGCUCAUAUCACAUAUGUCAAAGCACCACUAGCUCCUGAAGAGGAUUUCCUCUUCAAUACUUGGAAAUUAGCAGCGCGACAAAAUAUCUUGACUGCCCCAACGUUACGUGAUCUGCAACCUCAAUGGCAAGCUUUGGAGACGUUUAUAAGAAAAGUAUCUCAAAUCAUCGAUGUGGUCGCGGUGACGACAGGAGUUUCUGGAAACUUAUCGAAUUUUCCAAACAAACAGAAAAUGUCGUCAUCGAAACAUCAGUUGCGGGUACCCUUGUACUUCUGGAAAGCGGUUUCCUUAGAGUCUUUUCCCAAGGAUGAGACAUACAGUUACGGUAUCGUGUUCAUUAUGCCUAAUGUGCAAAUAUCAGAUCAGGUUGCCAAACCAGGUUUAGGAAAAUUAUGCUCCGCAUUCGAUAUCGUCGAACUUGGAUGGACAUUUUUGAAGGAUAACCAGUUUGAAAGGUCCGGCAUGUACGGAUGUCCGUUGAAUAACAAUAUAAGUAUGUGGUUACGUGGUGAUGGUGAAGAAGUUGAAAGAGAAUUUCAAGAUUUUAAUUUAAAUUCAGUACUGGCGUUGAAGCUGAAUGAAAAGGGUGAUCGCAUUGUUAAGGAAGUGAAUGUUGUUGAAGAAAUGGGGAAAUUUAAGAAGGUCGAAGGAGAGGAUAUUUGAUUUUUUUCUUGGUGAUAAUUUGCCGUUUAUUGAAUUAUUUCAUUCAUAGAUGAAUACAUUCAUCUUUAUCAUCAAUUAUGAUAAUUUUUAUUGUUAAUUUAUCCAUGAGUAAGGUUUAAAAGCUAUA